CAACUUGCCAAUAAAUACCUUCGGUUGAACUCAUUUUUCCUCUUCUGGCGUCUGCCCUUUUUUUUCCUCUACAUUUCAAGAAAUUAAUUACCAUCAACGGUACUGUUUCGAUCUGAUUCUUGAUAUCCCGAUUCUUAAAUAGUAAAUCUGCUUCUAAAAUACAAAAUCUUGACAAGAAUCAUUUCAUGCGCUAGAUAGCGAGGCGUGUUACAUACAAUUAAAACCAUUUGGCAUAUCAUUAAUCUGUUUUUCAAAGGUGGAUCGAAGGCAUGGAAAGAGGCCAUUUCCAUCGGAAGCAUCGGAGGAAAAAGAUAAGGAAGGCGAUGACUUCCCUUCUUAUUCAUCUUCUUGGUCAGAAACAGAUAUGUCUGCCAUCGUUUCAGCUCUCUCUCAAGUCAUCGCUACUACCACUGGCGAUAACCCAACUAUGGUGCAAUCAACUCCGCUAGCCGCAGAGCAAUCCAUUGUCAAAAAGGAACUUGACCAGUCCCAAUCCACCCAAGAUCAAGAUAAUACAAGGAGAAGACACUACAGAGGAGUAAGACAAAGACCUUGGGGCAAAUGGGCAGCAGAAAUACGUGACCCAAAGAAGGCAGCUCGAGUCUGGCUCGGUACUUUCGAUACUGCCGAGGACGCAGCUCUUGCAUAUGACAAAGCAGCUCUAAAGUUCAAAGGCACCAAGGCUAAGCUUAAUUUUCCUGAAAGAGUUCAAGGGAAACCCGAGAUUUACUACUUCAUGACUUCUGGUGGUUCGAGUGUUUCUUCUGAACAAAAUCCAAUGCCAGUGGCUACUCCUGCUCCUUCUCAUCUUCCUCCUACUCCUUCAUCAUUACCGCAAGAUGCUUACCCAGACUUGUUUCAAUAUGCACAAAUUCUUUCGAGUAACGAUGCAAAUUUCCCUUAUUACACUUCAAAUCUCUUUAAUCAGCAGCCUUAUGUUCCUCACUAUCCAUCCACUUUUUCAUCACAGCAACAACAAGAACAAGAGCAGCAGCAGCAAGAUCUGAUGAGAUUCUCUCCGUGGUUCCACAGCUCCUCUAGUUCCGAUUAUCAAGAACAUGAGAAGGACUCUAGUAAACCUAGCGAGUAGUAUCUCUGGCUUCCAAUUAAGAGCUAUAAAGGAAAAAAAAAAAAAAAUCAAUGGUAUUCAUCCGUUAGUUAGGAAAAUCUUAUCUGUCAGUGUCUUAAUUUCGUAUGGGAUUCCCUAAACAAGAGCUUCAAAGUAAUUUUGCGUUGUCUUUGAAGCUCUUCUGCAUUUGCUCAUUUUUUUUUAUGGCAGAGAUAUUAGUCACCCCAAGGAUAUAUCUCCUUCCACUCUGCAUGGUAUGUAAGCUCGGGGACGUACUGCGAUAGAUUUUGGCUAGUUUUCUCCUUUCUGUUUCUUUCCUUGCUUUGGUCCACAACGCUUUUGAAUUUUGUACUAAAGUAAUGGUGUUUGUCCGUGGACUACUCUUGGCAAAGUUGAAUGAGUUGGGAUUAUUUGAUUUA